UCACCCUCGGCAUCACUUUCCCUCUCGCCAGCCUCGCACCGUCAUGCACGUGUGGAGCAAGCAUCGACACCCUGGGCGACCACUUCUUCCUCUGCAGCCGCGCGACGGCGGAGCGCGUGUUCAAGCACAACACCCUGCUGGACGUCUUUAAGGCAAUCCUUGCGGAGGUGGGCAUCACGGCUGUCACCGAAGUGCCCCUGCGGUCUCUCGACAUCACCCCCCCAAACGCCCAGCCCAACAGUCAGCGCAUGGACCUCUUCUUCUCCAUCAACGGCGAAGGUGUCCUGUGCGACGUCACGGUGGUCCAUCCGUGUCGGCCCGAGAACUCAACCGCCCACUACACCCAGGUCAACCGCAGCAACGCACGUCGUCAGGGCGGUUUUGCAGCUGCAGGGGCGGAGCGCGACAAAGAUCGCAAGUACGGUGCCAACUGUCUUCAGAAAGGCUACACCUUCGUGCCCCUAGCAGCGGAGACGUUCGGCCGUUGGGGUGGCGAGACCCUCACUCUGCUUCGCCGUCUGGCGCAGCGGCGCGUCCCCCCACCGGCCAGCUCUGCAGAAGACCGUGCAUUUUUUCAUGAGGGUGUCAUGAACCAUUGGGGGCAGUCUUUGUCGGUCGCGCUGAUGCGCUGGAAUGCUUUUCAAGUGUCCUGCCGCGCUCAUCAUGCGGCCGAUGCUCGGACACAGCAGCGGGCGGGUCUGUUUCCUGAGGACCUCAUCUCUCGAGGGCCCUACAGGGCACAAACCCGCACGUUUGCCAGGACCGGCCGUGAGGGAUUGAUUUGGGGACGUGUUGUUAUGGGUCGGUCUUGCGUUGCAGAGUGGUUUGGUAGGGCAUGUGAUGGUCGCUUGUGUGAUUGCGUUUGAUGGGCUGUUCGGUUUAUAUCAGAGUGCUGCUAUCAUCCAUGCCGUAUGGUGCGCAUGUGUUUCUGCGAUUGCUUGUGUCUUUGCGUGAGCAAAUCCAUACCGACUCCAGAUCAGACGUGCUGGUCGCCCAUGCUUCCGUGUAAACGAUCAAAACUUUUUCCGUGAAACCGCUCUCUCUUGCGAGAGCUGCGACGAAGCCAAAAUUGGGUGUGGUGCGUCCAAGGCCGCCCCUGUGUCCAAGGCGCCGCAGAUUUUAGCAAAGCCAGCCCAUCAACCGGCAGUCGAGCGACCUUCUGAUCGGGAGGAGCAGCAGUGGUCACCUGCCUUCCCGCGAGGAGCAGAACGGGCGGAGGAGGAGCCUCAGGUGCGGCGACCGGCCUUCGAGAGUGUCGAGAUCCAUUCGCACAAGCCACCCAUGGCGAACAAGGGCGGCGAGGCCUCAGGGCUGCAAGUGUAAGGAUGCACACACAUGGACAAGGGCGUGGCAGAUCAGCACGAUACGAUGCGCGCGGGCGGAUGCGCCUCACGCUUCCGAACACAAAGGCUGGCCUGCUGUGGUCGGUUGGUACAUGUGUGUGUUGUCCAUCCAUCCUCCAGAUAUCUGCAUCCGUUGGUGGCCAUCAACGUGUCGGACCACUACACGCGUCAUAAGUGCGACGGCCGCAGCGGCCGCAUCUGCGGCGCACUCAUGGGCACCAUCCAGGGCCGCCGUGUCGACAUCCACACGUCCUUUGAGUUCAGCUGCGACCUUGUCGACGGGCUCAUGGUGGUCAACGACGACUUCUUCAACACACGACUCAGCCAGUACGGCGAGGUCUUCCCCAGCUACGAGUUUCUGGGAUGGUACUCGGUUGGCAAGGAGCCCAACGAACAAGACCUGCACCUGCUGCGAAAGGUAUGUGUGUCGAGCGAAGUGUGUGUGUGUGUGUGUGUGGAGGUGUCACGAUGUGUGUGUGGUGUGUGGGCAGUUUGAGCAGCUGAACGAGAGUCCGUAUUUUCUGUUGCUGGACCCUGCGGUGACUCCGGCCCAGCAGCACUUCCCGGUGUCGCUGUACGAGCGCGUGGUGCAUGUCGUCGACCAGAAGAACGAGUCGGGACUCAACAAAGUGUCGUACCAGAUAGCCCAUGUGAGUGAGUCAGCGAGGCAGACACGACACGACACACGGGCGGCAUGGUUUAUGCCGACCUUCUGGUAUCUCUGUCUGCCUUUGGUCUGUGGUUUUCUGUGGUCAGUUGGAGGCUGAGCGCAUAGCAGUGGAUCACGUGACCAAGGCUGCCGCCCACACCACCGGCAAUAGCGAGUGUAAGCACAGAGGGGACGGAUGGAUGGCCGGGCAGAGCGACGUGAUGUGGUUGUGUAUGGGCGGCCUGGGCUGCAUUGCUGUCGUGUCGAUGCGUUCGUUUCAUUCAGAUGCGAUUCAUCUGAGCAAGCUGUCGAGCGCCGUGUCGAUGCUCAACACACGGUAAGUAAGUGGUUGGCUACACGCACACAUCACAUCACAUCGUGUGCAAUGAAUGCACUCUGCUUGCCCUUGGUUGUCAGAGUGCACGCCCUGCAGAAGUACCUGAUCGCCGUCAAGAAAGGUGGGAGGGGGAGGCACCCGCUCCUGCACACACACAUCCAUUGACUGCAUCUCCCGUCCCGUCGUGCAUUGCUCUACCCACUGUGUAUGACUCUCUCAGGGGAGAUUCCCGCCAACCACGCCAUCCUCAGAAGCCUGCUGUCGGUAAUCAUCCCGACAUGACAUGCGGGCGCGCUUUGGCAGCACACACAGGCACCUGUCUGUCCAUGGGCGGCUUGCCUUGCAUGCGUGUUUGUGUCCACAGGUGUGCCGUUCGCUCCAGGCGACCCAGGACGAGGCAUUCCAGAAGGAAUACUUCGACGUACGUGAGAUCACACAGACAGACAGACAGACAGGGACGGAUGUGGUGUGUUUAUCCGUGUGUGGAUGUGGUGUGUUCAGGAGUACAACGACAGUGCGUUGGUUGUGUAUCUGAGCGUCCUGACCAAGACGGCGGGACAGAUCAACGACGUACUCGACAAGGUCGGAAUGUCAGUCACGCAGGACCAACGCCACCGAUGCGUUUACGUAUGUGUACGCCACCCUCUCUCUCGUGUGUUGUGCCAUCUCGCCCUCCCUCCCUCCCUCCUUCCCUCCCUCCCUCCCUCCCUCCCUCAGUUUCAGCUUGCCUUCGACAGUCGGCGUACGAAGCCGCAGCGAUACUACCACUGAUGACCGAAGAAAGGAACAAAUGGCUGCAUAUGUAGUCGAACGCUGUUGAUGUGUGCGCCUGUGGCAUUUAUAUAGCUGCCUGCCUAUGGGAAUGGGUCAUGAUGUGGGUACCUGGGUGUUCGGAUGUGACGUGCGUGCACGUGUACCCAGUCAGUCAGUCAGUCAGACUAUCAGAGAGACCUUACCCUUCUCACAUAGGAUCACAUGAAAUCAAUUGCCUGCAGCA